CUGCUAGAGUUCUGAUCGCACUGAUGCGUAUUUUGUAACCUCACCAGAUUCAGUGUAACCCACGCAAAAGAUACACCUGCACAAAUUUCAUCCAUGGACAUUACUUUGGAAUAAAAACAAUUCAUGACCUUCUUCUGGAUUUGGAUGUGACGAUGAUGGCCCCCGCACAUGAUGGAUUCUGUGUUUUAUGUUUAAUUUUUGUGAUUUUAUCGCUGGUGUUGGUGCAGACGGCAAGUUCGUUGCCUCACCAAUCGAGAAGAGGACCUCAUUGGGUUGAAUGCACUACGCCGGAUAGAGCCCUGGCGAUCCAAUCUCUUACACCGAACCGCCAUGUUGGGCGUUGCCCCCCUCCACCAGACCAGAUACCGGAUGAUGCGUGCUCGCAGUGCGGAUGCCGCUCAGAUAGGGUGUGUCCAGUGGAACAGAAAUGCUGCUUCAAUGGGUGCCAGUACACCUGCAUGAACCCCGUUAAACCACCACCAGCUUUUGACUGGUUAAACGAACCAAUGCGACAAAGAACUUCUGGCAACGCAUGGUUAAUAACUGGGCCAGAAAAGACACACACUGUCGAAUCGUGCAGCACAUCUACAUUUGACGAGGGGGAUGGAAUCUUACUGGAAUGUCCGACAGGCUACCAAUGUUACAUCACAUACGGCGGUGAUGCUGAGAACAAUAUACCCAACAAAGGCAUCUGUAUUCAAAUCAAAUGAUGACGUCACCAUUAAUCACAACGUGUGACAUUUUUAAGAAGUUACGGGACAGGCAGCAACCGCCCCCUCCCUAACGCCGCCCCUUCCCUGCCCUUCGAGUUUAUUCUAUGCAAUUUACAUCCGUCCGCUAUCAUACCGAUAUUUUUAUUUAAACAAAAAAAAACCUGCUUGGGGUGAUCAUAACAAUGUAGUUUAGUCUUCUACCAAUAUUAAAAUUGAGUUAAGCUGUCAUCCAUUCCUGUUGACUUUCUCAAGUCAAGUGAUUCUUCACACAGUUUAUUGCUGUCUGCUUCCUCGAGAUCAUUGGAGCGAAGAGGAUGUAAUCACAGUCCUUCACUGUAUUUAAUGAAGGAUUCAUAUCGAUACGGAUUGAUUCUUUCACUUUCUUGACCAGAAUGUGUUCCAAAAUUAAGUCAAUAAUAUAGGCAUCGUCCCAUCCAAAGUUCUUUCCAGUUUUAAGGGCGUACAUGUUCUGCUACUGCUGAAUGAGAUGGAUUGCUCAAUCUAAGGGCUCUUUGGGGGGGGGGGGGGGAGAACACGGAAAAAUUGAUUUAAAGGCGGGUCGAGGAAAAAAUAUUACCAGAGGGGACAUAAAUUGAAUGGCAAGAUUGAAAUAGAGACGACCCCCUUCCCCCUUUCUGGAUCCACCAAUGUUUUUUCCCCCUUUUUGGUUCGGCUUAAUAAUUAUGUGUUCACAGAAAAUGACAACAUUUUCUUUUUCAAGGUACAAUUUACGUGUAAUAGAAAAUGAAGAUGUUGAAUUACAUUGCUGUUCGAAUAGUCCCAAUGGUUGAUACAAUAUUUUAGCUGUCAUCGCUGAGGGCAUCAUUUCACAAAACUUUCCCAAACACAAGUUUACCGAUAUUCCAUUGAGACGCGUGUAUUGUCAUUCAAAUACACUCGAUUCAAUGGGAUAUCGAUGAGCUUGUGUCUUUAAUAAUUUGUGAAAGCUGCCCCGAUUGCUAUGUCCCACACUAUACUUUUUUAUUUAUUCACAGAAUAUUAUUGUAAAAUCUCUUUUAUUUCAAUGUACAAUGUAAUCGAAAAUGUAGAUGUUAAAUUGUAUUGCUGCAAGUAAAUACCCAAUGGUCUAUAAAAAUGUAUUAUCAUUGUUUUAAAAUGUAUAAAUAUACUAUUUGUAAAUAACCUGUUACGGACUACUGUUUUUAGUAUGAUAUAUUCAAUUAAUUUAAUGUAUACAAGGAAAUAACAUAUACAACUCAACUCACUGGAAUGUCUUCGACUAUAUACGAUUCCAUUUGUGAAUUCAAUUUUUAAUAAAUAUCAUGAAAGUA